AUGGACACUCCUUCGUCGGGAACUAUCGAUAUAGAGCUUGGAGACUCAUCAACCUCCAAGCGAUUAACGCUCACCUUCCGCGAUGUCAGUGUACAUGUGACGGCUCCCGAUGCGGCCUUGGGAGAUACAUUGUUGUCGGUGGCCGACCCGCGGCAACUAUUGGGCUUCCUGAAGAAGGGUUCUCGACCAAAGAGAACAAUUCUGAACCGAGUAACAGGCCAAGUGAGACCGGGGGAGAUGCUCCUUGUUCUUGGUAGACCUGGAUCCGGCUGUACUUCCUUCCUCCGGGUGCUGUCUAACGACCGAGAAGCAUUCGAUGAGGUUGAAGGCGAGACGCGCUACGGACAUAUGGAUCACAAGGAAGCGAAGAAGUAUCGACAACAGAUCAUGUUCAACACUGAAGAUGAUAUACAUUUUCCUACCUUGACGGUCAAUCGCACGAUGAAGUUUGCCCUGCGCAACAAAGUGCCCAGGGAAAGAGAAGAGGGUGUUGGAAAAGAGGACUUUGUACAGGAACGGAAGGACGGUAUUCUGGAUUCCCUGGGAAUUCAUCAUACUAAGAAGACGUUGGUGGGUAACGAGUUUGUCCGUGGAGUUUCGGGCGGAGAGAGAAAGCGUGUCUCUCUAGCGGAGGUCAUGGCGGGCCAUAGUCCCGUUCAAUUCUGGGAUAACCCAACACGCGGCCUUGAUUCCAAAUCAGCUGUCGAGUUUGCUCGAAUGAUUCGCCGUGAAGCUGAUGAGAACAAUAAAACGAUGGUGGCCACUAUGUACCAGGCAGGAAAUGGAAUCUUCGACGAGUUCGACAAGGUCUUGGUUCUUGCUGACGGAUUGGUGACCUAUUGUGGCCCACGAGGCGAGGCGCGACGUUAUUUCGAGGACCUGGGUUUUGUAUGCCCUAAGGGAGCCAAUAUUGCAGAUUUCCUCACAUCUGUCACAGUACUGACUGAACGUAUCGUCGCUCCGGGAAUGGAGGGAAAGGUCCCAAAUACCCCUCAAGAAUUCGAAUCGCGCUACCGCGAGAGCUCCAUUUAUGCUGAGAUGCUAGUCUCUAUUGUGGCCCCGGAAAAGCUGGUCGGCGAAGAAGAGAACCUGGCCAUGGCUGUAGCCCGCGAAAGGAAGAAGAGGCAUAUUCCCCGCCCUCAGAGUGUGUACACGACUGGACUGUGGGAUCAGAUUAUGGCUUGUACAGUUAGACAAUUCCAGAUCAUGGCUGGCGACAAAAUGUCUCUUGGAAUCAAGAUGUGUUCUUCAAUCAUCCAAGCCCUGGUUUGCGGAAGUCUGUUCUAUAACCUGAAGCAAGACAGUUCCUCCAUCUUCCUCCGACCUGGCGCGCUCUUCUUUCCAGUUCUUUACUACCUUCUUGAGUCGAUGUCCGAAACAACCGGGUCAUUCAUGGGGCGUCCGAUUCUUUCUCGUCAGAAGCGCUUUGGAUUCUAUCGGCCCACGGCGUUUUGUAUAGCGAAUGCCAUCACUGAUAUCCCAAUCACAAUUGUCCAGGUCUCAUGCUUUUCGCUCAUUCUGUACUUCAUGACCGCUUUGCAAAUGAAUGCUGCCAGAUUUUUCACAUUCUGGAUUAUCAUCAUCGUGAACACGCUUUGCUUCAUGCAAAUGUUCCGAGCUGUCGGAGCUUUGUGCCAGAAGUUUGGAAAUGCAUCUAAAGUGACCGGCUUACUGUCCACCAUUUUCUUCGUGUAUGGAGGCUACCUGAUCCCCUUCGAGAAGAUGCAUCCAUGGUUCCGCUGGAUUUUUUAUCUUAACCCCGCCGCGUAUGCUUUCGAAGCUGUCAUGGCAAACGAAUUUACAGGCCUCCAGCUGCAGUGUGUGGAACCCGACUAUAUUCCUUACGGACCAAGCUAUGCUAGUUCCGUUUCUGCGUAUCGUGGCUGUGCAGUGCCGGGAAGCAACGACGAUGGCAUGAUAUCCGGAGCAGCUUACAUUCGUGACCAAUAUGAUUACUCCCGCGGCCAUAUCUGGCGCAGCUUUGGUGUUAUUGUUGGAAUGUGGGCGUUCUUCAUUUUCCUCACGGCUGUCGGGUUUGAACAUCGUAAUAGCCAGUCCGGCUCAUCGGUACUUCUCUACAAGCGAGGCAGCAAGAAGCAGACUGUCGACGAAGAGAAAAACCAGGCUGUUGCUUCCAGUGAGAACGGCCACACUUUGGGUGAGUCAGGGAAGCAGUCUACCUUCACUUGGAAUCAUCUGGACUACUUCGUCCCAUUUCACGGCGAGCGGAAGCAAUUGCUCAACCAAGUUUUUGGAUACGUGAAGCCUGGAAACUUGGUCGCUCUUAUGGGUUGCUCUGGCGCUGGAAAGACAACGCUCUUGGACGUCUUAGCUCAACGCAAGGAUAGCGGUGAAGUUAUCGGAUCAAUCUUGAUCGAUGGUCGACCGCAAGACGCCAGCUUCCAGAGAUUGACUGGAUAUUGCGAGCAGAUGGAUGUCCACGAGGGCACGGCCACUGUUAGAGAGGCGCUUAUCUUUUCCGCGUUCCUCCGCCAACCAGAGAGUGUUCCCGAAGAAGAAAAGUUGGCCUACGUUGACCAAAUUAUUGACCUUCUCGAACUCCGCGAUAUCCGCGAUGCUCUUAUUGGAGUCUCUGGAGCUGGUCUUAGCAUUGAACAACGGAAGCGAGUAACAUUAGGAGUUGAGCUUGUGGCUAAGCCAACGUUACUAUUCUUGGACGAACCAACUUCGGGUCUUGACGGGCAGUCCGCCUACAAUAUAAUUCGUUUCCUAAGGAAGCUGGUGGACAACGGCCAAGCUGUUUUAUGUACCAUUCACCAACCUUCUGCUGUUUUGUUCGAUGCGUUUGACUCCUUGCUCCUGCUUGCCAGGGGUGGAAAAAUGGCCUAUUUCGGAGAGACCGGUAAGGACUCGGAGAACGUUCUCGGCUAUUUCGCACAGAACGGUGCUCCGUGCCCACCAGAAACCAACCCGGCGGAACACAUUGUUGAAGUAAUCCAAGGCAGCGCAGAUCAGAAGACUGACUGGGUGGACGUUUGGAACAAGUCCGAGCAGCGUGAACGCGUCGUCGCGGAGUUAGAGGAACUGAACCGUAUCAACCAGGCAAACGCAGGGGAGAAAGAAGACCAGUCGAGCUUUGCGACUUCCCGCUGGUACCAGUUCCGGAUAGUCUUACAGCGCAUCAUGAUUCAAUUGUGGCGUGAACCCGAUUACAUGUGGAACAAAAUCAUUUUGCACAUCUUCGCCGCUCUUUUCAGUGGUUUCACGUUCUGGAAAAUGGGUGACGGCACAUUUGACCUGCAGCUGCGACUGUUUGCAAUCUUCAACUUCAUCUUCGUGGCACCGGGGUGUAUCAACCAGAUGCAGCCAUUUUUCCUGCAUAACCGUGACAUAUUUGAGACCAGAGAGAAGAAGUCCAAAACAUAUCACUGGCUGGCUUUUAUUGCUGCUCAGGCGGUAUCUGAAAUUCCCUACCUUAUUAUUUGUGCCACGCUUUAUUUUGCCUGUUGGUACUUUGUGGCUGGUUUCCCUGUGGAUGCGAGUGUAUCCGGGCAUGUGUACCUGCAGAUGAUUUUUUAUGAAUUUUUGUACACAUCUCUCGGUCAAGCUAUCGCCGCGUAUGCACCAAAUGAGUACUUUGCCGCCAUCACGAACCCGAUUGUGAUUGGUGCAGGUAUGAUCACUUUCUGCGGUGUGGUGGUCCCCUAUGGGAACAUGCAGCCUUUCUGGCGGUACUGGAUGUACUACCUUGAUCCCUUCAACUACCUGGUCGGAGGCCUCUUGACCGAAGUGCUUUGGGACGUGGAGGUCAAGUGUUCACCCUCUGAAUAUGUCCAAUUCAGCGCCCCUGCGGGACAAACCUGUGGCGAAUACAUGGCCGACUUCCUCGCUCAACACUCGGGUUACCUACUGGAUGCAAAUGCCACCACCACCUGCUCCUUCUGCCAGUUCUCCAAGGGAGCAGACUAUGCGAAAACGUUUAAUCUCCAGGAGAAGUAUUAUGGUUGGAGAGAUACCGGACUUACGGCGCUCUUUUGCAUUUCGUCGUAUGCAGCAGUGUUUGUGAUGAUGAAGCUGAGGAGUAAGAAGACCAAGGAGGCUCGCUCGGAGUAA